AUGGCGGACAUCAACUCUAGCCAGGCAGUUGCACAGGAUGACCUUAUCAUUCCACUCAUCGACUUUGGCUCCUUCCUCUCGGGAGACGCUGCAGCCAAGAAGGCCACCGCCCAAGCCGUCCUCGAAGGCUUUCAGAACACUGGCUUCAUCUACCUCAAGAACCACGGCAUAUCGCCCUCGACCGUCUCGAAUGCCUUCUCACACAGCUCCAAGUUCUUCGCGCGGCCGCAGGAACAGAAGGAUGCCAUGGCAUGGUACUCGGCAGCAGCAAAUCGCGGGUAUGUGGCUCAAGGACGCGAGAAGCUCGUCCCGUUAGACGAGACUGGAACAGAGGAGGAGUUGCGCAAGACAGUGCCAGAUCUUAAGGAGUCGCUGGAGAUUGGGCGAGACGAUCAGCCAGAGACACCAAACAUGUGGCCCAGCGGAGAUGAGGCAGCGAAGGAAUUCAAGCAGGAGAUGCUGAGCUUCUUCGAGACGUGUAAGGGUCUGCACAUGCAGGUCAUGCAAGCCAUUGCACUGGGCAUGGGUAUUGAGGAGAGCUGGUUUGAUAGGUUCACGGACGCUGGAGACAACACAUUGCGCUUGCUGCACUACCCUGGUGUGUCCAAGUCGGUCUUCAAGAGGAAUGAUGGACAGCUGCAGGUGCGUGCUGGUGAGCACAGUGAUUACGGCUCCAUUACUCUACUCUUCCAAGACAAGCGUGGUGGUCUACAAGUUCGCUCCCCCAAAGGCACGUUUGUCGAUGCCAAACCCAUCGAAGGCACGAUUGUCGUCAACGCAGGCGAUCUGCUUGCGCAAUGGUCCAACGACACCAUCAAGUCGACAAAACACCGUGUCGUCGAGCCACCAUCCCAACCUGAGGAUGAUGGCAAGGACAGCUACCCACCACGAUACUCGAUAGCAUAUUUCUGCAACCCCAACUACGAGCGCAUGAUCAAGGCAAUACCAGGGACAUAUGAGGAAGCAGGGAGAAAGUACCAGGAUGUGCAAAGUGGAGAGUACAUUAUUGGGAGAUUGACGGCGACGUACUGA